GCAAAAGAAAUUGUUUUAAAAGCCCAGAUCUUAGCUGGAGGAAGAGGAAAAGGUGUCUUUAGUAGCGGUUUGAAAGGCGGCGUUCAUUUAACAAAAGACCCUAAAGUUGUGGGACAGUUGGCUAAACAGAUGAUUGGGUAUAACCUGACAACGAAACAAACUCCAAAAGAAGGUGUGAAAGUUAAUAAGUUGAUGGUCGCUGAAGCCUUGAACAUUUCCAGGGAGACCUACUUUGCGAUUCUGAUGGACCGGUCCUGCAACGGCCCUGUGCUGGUGGGCAGCCCCCAGGGGGGCAUGGACAUCGAGGAGGUGGCAGCUUCAAGUCCAGAACUUAUUUUUAAGGAGCAAAUUGACAUUAUGGAAGGGAUAAAGGACAGCCAAGCUCAGCGGAUGGCAGAAAAUUUAGGCUUCCUUGGGCCUUUGAAAAACCAGGCCGCAGAUGAAAUUAAGAAGCUGUAUCACCUCUUCCUGAAAAUCGAUGCUACGCAGGUGGAAGUGAACCCCUUCGGUGAGACGCCAGAAGGACAAGUUGUCUGUUUUGAUGCCAAGAUAAACUUUGAUGACAACGCAGAAUUCCGACAAAAGGACAUAUUCGCCAUGGACGACGGAUCAGAGAACGAGCCCAUUGAAAAUGAAGCUGCCAAAUAUGACCUAAAAUACAUCGGACUGGAUGGGAACAUUGCCUGCUUUGUGAAUGGUGCUGGACUUGCCAUGGCUACUUGUGAUAUCAUUUUCCUGAACGGUGGGAAGCCAGCCAACUUCUUGGAUCUUGGAGGUGGCGUACAGGAAGCUCAAGUCUAUCAAGCCUUCAAAUUGCUCACAGCUGAUCCUAAGGUUGAAGCCAUCCUCGUCAAUAUUUUUGGUGGAAUUGUCAACUGUGCCAUCAUUGCCAAUGGGAUCACCAAGGCCUGCCGGGAGCUGGAACUGAAGGUGCCUCUCGUGGUCCGGCUUGAAGGAACCAACGUCCACGAGGCCCAGCGCAUCCUCGGCAGCAGCGGGCUCCCCAUCACUUCGGCCGUCGACCUGGAGGACGCCGCCAAGAAGGCCGUGGCCAGCGUAGCUAAGAAGUGAGCCUGUGCCCUGACCCGGAGGACGAAGUCCGUUUGCUGUAGAAAGGGCUGGUUCUCUCCUCGCUGAAGGAAAUGGUUAUCUCUCUGGGGGAAACACGGGAAGGGGAGAAGCAAGACCAUUUGUGAAAAAUCCUAAUUCUGUAUCUUCUUGAACCAGAUAUCUAGACAGACUAAUCUGCUUUCACUUAUGUCUUUAUUAAAUUAGCGCCCGGUGUGCUCACACUUCUCUGCCUGCUCAGUAGACCUUGUGUGGCCGAGGCUGGGGAGCGUCUAUUGGCAGUUUGUGUGACAUUUAAUCUUGAACAAUAACACAUCACAGGCCGUGCAAACUCAGGCAAGACUACCUUAACACAUUAACUCUAGCAGGUGCAGCAAAGACAGUCAACCAAAUAGCUGUUAACACUGUCACAGCUUUUCCACGUUCCCUAUUCCAGCACAUGCUGGGGAAACCCAUGAAUAUUCCAAAAUAUAUUUUACAGUGGAAGGUCCACACUGCACAUGAUAUUCCAUAUAUUCUUACCUUUGCCUUAAUACUGAGAAUACUCCUUACCUCACUCGAAAUAAAGCCAGAAGCCUUACUUGUGAUUUUUUAGUAGAUUUUAUUUAAUGUGAAAACUGAAGAGAGCUGAUUCUUAUGGAGAUCUCUUUAAUUCAGACAUUCCAAGAUGAGACAUCAUUGUAAUGUUAUCGUGAGUGUCAAUACCUUCUCCCCCCUGCCCUUUUUGAGCCCCCAGCAUCUACCAACUGGGGGCACGUAAUUAAGAGAAUGUGGCUUCUCCUAUAGUGCCCAUUGGGAGGGGGGAGCGAAUUAGGUUUACGAUGAUAUUUUGCUAAAUCUUUAUUUGUACACAAAUUGAAAUAAAAUCCUGUUUUGUAAAC